AUGGGCGCGGUGACCCUGCAGUUAGCGCCGGGAAACCCCACGCUGCAGCAGCGACAGGGAGAGAAGCAUCGAUCUGCCACCAAGUUAACACACGAGCAGAUUGCAGAGUAUAAAGGAGUUUUCGAGAUGUUCGAUGAGGAGGGGAAUGGAGACGUGACGACGAAGGAGCUGGAGAGACUGAUACGUUUAAUGAGGAUCAAUCCCACGAAUAGGGAGCUGUGUCAGCCGGCCAAAGACGUGGACAAGGAUGGUAAACAGAUUUUUAACUGUGACAGCUUCUUGGGUCUGAUGGCACUCAUACACCAAAGAACCAAGAACCAGGACGCUGAACUCAGAGCUGCUUUUAAAGUGUUUGAUAAAUAUGCUAAGGGAUAUAUUGACUGGAGCACACUCAAGUAUGUACUGACGAACGCAGGGGAACCACUUAAUGAAAUCGAAGCAGAGCAGAUGAUGAAGGAAGCUGAUAAAGAUGGAGAGGGAGCCAUUGAUUAUGAAGAAUUUGUGGCCAUGAUGACCGGGGACCUGUUUAAAAUGAGCUGA